GGGGAAAUAAAUAAAUAGAGGAAUAUUUAUUAAACGACACGCAGAUUGAUCCAACGCUUACACAGAACGAGCUCACAGAGACACAAGAAAGUUUAAACGAUAGUAUGGCAAAUCCACCCGUAGAUCCAACGUUAGAUCCACCUGAGGAGUCGAAUGAUAGAUUGAAUGAGGAACUCUCACAAUUCCCUGAUUUCUCACGUUCUCAAGCGAAUAACGAGGAAGAAGCUAGACAGCAAUCAGAGAAGAAAUCAGCAGAGAAAAAACGUCACCAAAAAAAGCGUAUACAACGUCGUGAUGAAUCACCUGAAUACGAUUCAAGUCACCAGCCACCAAUUGAACAAGAGGAGGAUAACUCACAGUUCUUAGAACCAUCCCAGCAGAAGAGAUUAGAUUUACAUAGCAAGAUUGACGCUAUCGCCAAGGGAAACAAAAACUCACGUCGUAAGAGGAAACGUACAGAUGAAGAUUUAGAUGCAGCAGCUGAUGAAGAACUUCACAACCUUCGCGAGCAAAUGUUCCAAGCUGCAGAAGAAGACGAGGAAUAUAAGAAGUUCAACAAACCAGCGCUCAAUAAACUCAAAUUACUACCAAAAGUGGUUGAAACUAUGCAAAAGACCCACCUCGAAACUUCAAUACUUGAAAAUAACUUCUUAGAUGGCGUAAGAAGAUGGCUAGAACCAUUCAGUGAUAAAUCACUACCACCACUUAACAUACAAACUGAAUUCUUCCAAAUUUUAUCAAAUAUGUACAUCGACACACAGUCACUCAAGUCAUCAAAGUUAGGUCCAGUUAUUUUGUUCUAUUCCCGUCAUCCACGCGUAAACAAGUCUAUCAAGAAAGCUGCCGACGCUUUGGUUACAAGAUGGAUGAGACCACUCUUGAGACGAUCAGCAAACCCAAGAUCAUACCAAUUUAGCACAAAUUCAAACGUAGUCAGGACUAGUGAUGUCAACCUAACAUCUAGAGAAGACAAUGAGGAGGACUACUCCAACAGAACUCGCAUACCUGAGUUAGAGAGGAAGAAAUACAAGGUUGCAGCAACUCGUGGUGUUGAUGGUAUCAAAUCAUCCAAUGUUACGCUUUCAAAUCAAGAAUCUGAACGUCAAAGACAACUCUCUAGAAAAUUCUCAAUGUUAAAGAGGAAGUAAGCUUUAUGUUUAUAAUUUUUGUAUUUAUGAUGUAGAUGUACAUGUAAAACCCU